ACAAAAAGUGGUACAUAUGUAAAUAUUUUAAAUAAACGUGGUAAAUAUGUAAUUUAGAAUUUGAUUGUCGCCCAUUAUGGUAAUUUUGACUCCACCGGUUUCUUGCUCCCCAAUUAACCGAUUGAAUCUUGCAGCGUAUGCGUAUCGUCCCUUUCGCGCUCUGAUUCCUGUACUUGCUAGCAGUAGCUCUACCCGCACAACCAUGGCGCCGGAUCUGCAAACCCCGAUGUCCUUUUCCGACUUCCCUAACGACGUUCAGCUCAACAUCCUCUCCUUCCUCCAGCCAACCGAUAUCUCCGCCUUUGCCUGCACCUGCCGCCGCUUCGCUACCCUUUGCAGCCCCUCUUCCCCUUCCACCGACCUCUGGAUCGCCCUCUGCGACCGCCGAUGGGGAUCCAACACCCAGCUCCGGCGCUGGUCUGCCAUUCCGUCCCCCCGCCUCUACAAAACGCUGGAUCGCUGGGAAAACCUAAUCGGCUUCUGGCGCCGCAUCGGCAGCGGUAUCUCCGAAACCCCAACUCUUGUUUUCUUCGAGUGGAGUUCUAGCUGCAUCAUCGGGUUCCGCAUCUCGCGCUCUCCUGUUGCCGCCUCCUAUGCCGUCUGCAAAACCCCUUUCCUCUGGCUCGGUUUCUCGGCCGCCGGUGAGACCUCAAGCUACCUCAAUCCCGAUAGCAGACUAUCAGACUCCGACGUCAUCCCAGUGACGAUCAGCUUCAUGGGAUGCAACCAUUUAUUGGUCGAGGAGAGCCGGAGUUCGAGCGUGGAUAAGCUUCUGGACGAUUCGGAAGAUUGGCUCGGAUUGGAGACUGGCUCGCCUCCGGAUCGUCUGAUGUCGGAAAUCUACCAGUAUUUCGCCAAUAGAACAAGCCCUGGUGCGGAGAAAUCUACGAGAAGACUAAGGAAGAAGAAGGAGAAGGAAAGGCUGGGAAGAAGGAGAUGGGAGGCUGAGCAUUUUGUCAAAAUUUCAAACUAUUUUCCGACUCCUUCACGACCUCUGCAGGGACUAUGGAAGGGGAUAUCUGAAGACAUGAGCUUGGAGUUUUAUCUAGUAACAUAUGAUGAUGUGGGGGGAUUAGCCUGCUGGAGGGUUGGUGAUUCUGUGGAGAAAGUCUCUGGUUAUUUUCCAGUAUUCUGGACUUCUAACACCACAUUUAUGGAGCCACCGUUCUCCAAAGAUGAGCUUUUUCUAUAUAGCAUGAGGGAACAUGUUAGGUCUGUUGGCUCAGUUCUUUGCAACAUGGAUAGGGAGAUUGUCUCCCGCAUCAUGUGCAUUAACUGUAGUUAUGACUUGGUUCUUCCUCACCUGGCUGGUUCUUCUGGCGAUCCCAGAAACGUUGAGGGUAGGAUAUGGGAAUAUGAAGAUGGAACUUUUGGGUUUGGGUUCUUAAGAAAUGAUUUUAUUAUUGACUUGAAGCAAGUUGCUCUAGAUGGUUUAAUUCUUGCUGAGGUUGAGUCUUUUAAUCAAAAUUCUGCUUCAUAGUUUCAUGUCUAGAACUAAUUCUAGAUGUGCUUGGUCAUUGUUUCAUGCAAUUUGAAAUAAGAGGGAUG